AUGUCGCAAUCCCUGAAUUUUCUUUCAGAAAAAGUGGACGAAUCUACCAAAUUAAUGGAAAAUUUAAGAUCGGAAGUGCAAGUUCUGAAAAAAGAAAAUGAGGUUUUGCGAGAAACAGUCACCGACCUACAAGACCGGACUCGAUCACUGGAACAAUAUACCCGACGCAGCAACAUCGAGAUUAGCGGUAUCCCAGUCACCCCCAGGGAGGAUGUCAUCCAGUUGGUGAAGGACGUAGGUGCAGUCAUCGGCCUGGAGGUGGAGGAGUCCCAGAUCAACGCAGCACACCGAGUACCCAGCUUCCGCAAAGACCGGGUCCCUUCCCUCGUGGUCCAGUUCAUCGGCAGAUCCACUAGAGACACGUGGUUGAAACAAUUCAGGGAGCUCAAGGAAUCUGUGACUGUGGACCAGGUAAACUCGUCUUUCCCAAAAGCGAAACUGUACAUUAAUGAGCACUUGUCUCCAGCUAAUAAGGUGUUUUUGUCUGACUUGAAAAAGAAAUGUGCUGAAGUAGGCAUCAAAUACGCGUGGUGCCGUGAGGGAAAAUUCUUUAUCAGGAAGGCUGAUAAGGAUAAGUGUCGCAGGAUUUACAGUGAGGCUGACAUCAAAAAGCUCAAAUAA